AUGGCAGUUGAAAUUGAAAAGCAAGAUCCUUCACUUCAAUUAGAAUUAUGUGAGUUACAAACAGAUCCAUUUUUAUCUGCAAAAGAGAUUGAUGUGUCAUUUUGGAAAACAUUACCAGUUGAAAAAUAUCCAAUUCUAAGAGAUUUCGCAUUAAAAAUGUUAUCUAUGUUUGGAACCACAUACAUAUUAUGCGAAUGUACAUUUUCGAACUUGAAACAUAUUAAAUCGAAGGAAAGAAAUCGUUUAACAGAUGAAACCUUGGGACAUUUACUAAGAGUUUCAACUACUGAAAUAGAAGUGGAUUUUACUAAAUUGUCUAUUGAAAAACCUCAUCCUCAAGUAUCACAUUAA